AUGGCGAACCGUCCAUUUAAACCAGGCGCGAUGAUCCCAUGCGGACCAGCAGAUCCUCCCGUUAACGUCCUAGGGCAAAGCAUGGUCCUCUAUCGCAGUGCUGAGGGCGUAUCUUUUUCUGCACCCUACGAUUUGAGAGUGUUCAGCGUGUUGGGCAGUGGAGCGUAUGGUACCGUUGUGGCCGCUGAGAAAGUGGUCACGCCCCCUUCUGAGGGUAGUCGAUCAGAGACCUCUGAACAGGAAGAUUUGUCGGCGGUGGUGGCGGUUAAAAAAUUCCUGAAUCCUCUCUCACACGUGGUGUAUGCUAAAAGGACCCUGAGGGAGAUCAGAUUCUUACGUCAUCUGAGGCAUGAGAAUAUCAUUGAACUUGAGUCCAUAUAUGUGUCUGGAGCGAGUCAGCAUGAUUUUGGUGACAUUUAUGUAGUAACGGACGUGAUGGACACUGAUCUGGGGUAUAUCAUCCGCUCUGGGCAACCGAUUACAUUGGCACAUGUCAAGUUUUUCUUGUACCAAAUCUUGAGGGCGGUGAAGUAUAUUCACUCAGCGGGUAUAAUUCAUCGGGACAUAAAGCCAAAGAACAUACUUGUGUCCAAGACGUGCGACCUAAAGAUUUGCGACUUUGGAUUGGCCCGACUGACGCAGGAGGGAUCGAAAGCGUUGCCAGGGACAGUGGGAGCUAUGACGGAAUAUGUGUGUACGCGAUGGUACAGAGCUCCUGAGGUGAUUUGUUGUUGGUCAAAAUAUUCUUAUCCGAUUGAUAUGUGGUCAAUUGGAUGCGUAUUGGCAGAAAUGUUCGUACGAAGAACUAUUCUAAAGGGAAACUCCACGAUUGACCAGUUGGAGAAAAUAUGUACACUAUUGGGUUCGCCUGAUGACGAAGAGAUUGAUAAAAUCCCGAAUGAUAAGGCAAGGAAGUACUUGAAGAUGAGGCCACAGCGAUUGCCGAAGAAGUCUCUGGUCGAUACCUACCCGGAGAUCAUGAAGGAGGGAGGGGAGGAAGCUGUACAUAUGGUUGACUCGUUGGUCCAAUUUGACCCUGAGAAGAGACUUACUGUUGAGGAGGCGAUAUCGGACCCGUUCAUGGAACAGUUGCAUGACCCUAACGACGAGCCGGUGUUUGAGAGCGGCCCUGUAGAUCCUCAGGAAUUCGCCUUCGAGAGACGGAAGGUCGAUCGUGAUAUGCUCAGGAGCGAGCUACUCAAGGAGGUAUUUUGGUAUCAUCCACAUCUCGGCGAGGCGGGUUUGGGUCCAUUAAGGUCAUCCUAUGAUACGCCUUCUACAGGUGACGACUUCCUGUCUCAAGAGGAGCAGGAGAAGGAGUGGGAGCACGAGGAGGCACUCGAAGAAGACGGUCAGGUGCCUUCGUUGGGGAGCAAUGUAACGUUGAAAUAACUUACGUCGUUCGAUAAUGACGCUUCUACUUUUUAUCAUACUCAAAAGGCGCUCGCGAUUAGAUUGGACCGCUGUAGCGCUGAGAUCUAAUGUGUUGAUCACGUAAUGGUUCAGUCAAUGCUUCUGCUCGUUACGCAAGCUGCCAACG